AUGAAGAACCAUAUUUCUAAUUCAGCAGUGAGUUUUCUCAUAUUGCUUCUUCUUGCGACCAACUUGGUCGAAAGCUGCAAGCCUAGUGGCCGAAUAAGAGGGAAAAAGCCUCCUCCAGGGGAAUGCAACCAAGAGAAUUACUCUGAUUGCUGCAAAAAAGGCAAAUUCUACAAAACUUACAAGUGCUCACCAAAGGUGAUUGGACACACAAAAGCAGUCUUGACACUCAAUAGCUUUGAGAAGGGUGGAGAUGGUGGCGGCCCCUCGGAGUGUGACAACCAGUACCACUCUGACAACGAAAGUCUUGAAAUCCUCCACUAG